AUGACCGAAUUCACAGAGGCAAAUCGGAAAUACUUCGACAAGCUGGCAACAACCUACCAAAAUGAAUUCGCAGACGCAAUGAAAAUGCUCUCCGAGCAGACACUGGCAAAUAGACUUUGGAUCAGCGAUCAAUGGACCGAUACCGUCGACCACCAAGGGAUCCGGAUGCUCGAGUACGCCUGUGGCCCAGGGUACAUUUCAAUGACCUUGGCUCCAUUCUUAACCCAAAUCAUCGGCGUCGACGUUUCCGAAAACAUGGUGGGAGAAUUCAAUCGCAAUGCCAAUCUCCUCGGGCUUACAGACAAAGCAAUCAGCCACAAAGCUGAUCUUCUGGCCGAGGAUGUCCCGGUCGAGUUCACUGUUCCGCCGUACAUGGACUUGGAUGUGUUGACGGUCAGUAUGGCGCUGCACCAUUUUGAGCACCCAGACCGUGCUUUGCAGCAACUGGGCGCGCGGCUGAAGAAGGGUGGUGUGUGUUUUAUUAUUGAUCUUUUUGCGGACUCUGAUCAUGGCCAUGGUCACGACCAUGGCCACGACAAACAUCAGCAUGACUUUAAUGAUGCGGCACAUACGGUCAAGACCCAUGGGUUUUCUCAGGAGAGUAUGCGGGAGUUGUUCCAGGGAGCUGGAUUCGAUUCUAUCGAGUACAAGGUCCUUGCUCAGCCGUUGGUGUUUGUGAAGAAUGGGAAAAGUAUCUCUAAGACGGCAUUUAUGGCUCGUGCUCAGCGGGUUUGA